AUGGCCCGCCUCCAACACCUUCUCGCCGUCACAGCAGGGCAUUCUCUGACCGCGCUUGUGGGACGGUGCAUAACUAUGAGUAUGAGAAGAGAAUCUGCAACGCUUUCUAAACAACAACUUCAAAGGCAAACACCAUAUCAGAUGGCCACCACCGACAAUCCGAUUAUCAUCCUUGAGGAUAGCAAAGUCAUUGAGCUCAGUUGUGACGAAGAAGAUCCCGGUAACGCCGUCGUUCCACACGGGUCGCCUCCAGCCGGCAACCUCACUAGUCCCGCCCGCAAUAUCAUCAACAGAAACAACCGUGGCGAUCUAUAUGACAUGCGCACUGGCCAGCCAUUCCGCGUCGCCAUUUCAUCACUGUUGGAAGUGACGACGACCAAGGUGCCAUGGGGCAUCUGUUUAGGCGAAGGCGAUGACAAUCCGGAGAUCCACCACGCCUACAUCAAGCCCAUCCCGUACAUGGACGUCGGCUGUAUGAACUUCAAUGCUCGCGACAGGUGCCACGCAAUUCGUCCGUCCAUGCGUCGAGACUCGGCCUUAUGUGGAAAACUAAGUACCGCCGCGCCUCCAACAUGCGAGAAGCGCGCCAGAAGACUUCAGGAGGAUAUCCGCGAACACCUGAUCGAGGAAUGGGAGGAGCGCUUCGGCCGCACCUAUGACCAAGUUUUGAGGGUUGAAAGAGGGAUGACCGGGGUGACGGAGGAGCGGCGGAGGAGCGGCGGAGAAAGGAAAGCGGAGAUGAAGCAAGAAGUUCAGCCAAAUCAGCACGACGGAGUUCUCAUCCGAGAAGAGCGCACUGUCACGACGGGUUCCGGUCAUGAUAACUUUGAAGUUGAGCAAAUGCAUCUCUGGCGAACCCAACCACUUCUCGACGCGCUCGCUAUGGUAAUAGAGACCAUCCCUGCCAUUGAGCACGAUAAGAGGCUCGCUCGAGAUGCCUUGUCGUCGCGCACGCCUGCGUUUUGGGACUUUAGGGUUGUCAAGUUCUCGGAGAUAUGGGCAACCGCCAGCGACCGAUCCAGAACCAUAGACAUGACCAUCUUUAAGGACCAUCAUCUUGAGGGUGUUAAGCUCACAAUAGCCGUUCAGCGCGAGCUUGUGAAAGUCAGCUCGGCCUGCCACAUCCAUCGCGCGCGACGACCGCCAGACGCAGAGAACGUUGCCAGUCAAUGGUUGAUGGCCAUCCGGCAGAUCGAACACGACACUGCUCUUGACGCGGCGGUGGAUGUUUGUGACUAA